AUGCCAAGCAUCCUGUGCCGCGCAGUUGGCGGGCAUGCGCCUGUGGCCCAUGCUUUGCUGGAUGCCUACUCGGACGGUCUGGACUUUGAUCCCAGUGCGGCUCAGGCAUACUUUGCGGUUCACAACGAGUUUACUCGGCUGCUUGCGGUGCUGAUUGAACUCAGCAGUGGUCUGCCUGCCCGAGGAACGGAGCUUGCGCAACUGCAGCACACCAACACGCUGCUUAGUCCACGCAACCUCUUUGUGCACGACAGCAGCGUGUUUACCGCUCUGCCCAGCAACAAAGGCACUGGCCGGCAGAGGAUCAUCCCCCGCUUCUUGCCGCAUGGCAUUGGUUGCCUGGUGGUGCUAUACAUUGCUGAGGUGGUGCCGUUUGUCCAUCUGCUCUACAAUGCGGUUGUCCAGCCACGAGAAGCAAGUCCGAUGCUGCUGGUCAACCAUGCUGGCAAGCCUUGGGAAACAGCCGCCAUCAGCGCAACGCUCAAGAGUCUCUGCAAGCAGUACAUCUCAACCACAUCCAAUGGUCUUCCUCUGCGUACAUGGCGGCAGCUGGCUGUCAGCAUCGACCGCAAGCUGAUCCGACCAAUGAAAGCAUGGUCCACGGACGCAGAGGACCACACGCAUGAUCUGCAGGCUGGGCACUCCACCAACACAGCACAGCAGCAUUAUGGUCUGGACGCCAGCAUGCUGAACCAGCUGACACAAGAGAGCAUGGCUGCCAUGCUGGACGUUUCGGAGCGGUGGCAUGCCUUUUGGCAGUUGCGGUCACGCUUUCAAGAAGAUGUACGGGAGCUGACGCCAACAGGAGUGAGUCACAGCAGCACCGAGUCUACCAAGGUGUUCCAUGCGGUGAAGCGGCAGCUUGACACGGUUCAAGAAGAUUUGCGGUUGGUCAAGCAGAAGCUGGAGCACUCGACUGCACAGCCAGCUAGUCGCCACACGGGCACCACCACUUCCAGCCGAUCUGCGGCGAUUCUGCAGAGAUCAGCCAUGCUCUCUUCCAGGCAACUGGGCAUCACCGUACACGGACUGUGGAGCAGGCUUGUGCGCUGA